GUAUAAGAUGCGGUCCCGCAUCAAGGGCCGGGGCGAACACUGCUUGAGUUUCCGGGACAUGUACGAUCUGGAGAUUAAGCUGAGCGCUUCCGAAGAGUGGGAUCGGAUGCAGAAGAUGGCAAAUCAACUCGAUGCAGGGGCGUCCUCGGUGUGGCUGCCUCCCUCCAUGGCCGGGGUCGUGUUGAGCUCCUCCAUGCUGCGGGGGUUCAACUACGCGGACAUUCUGCGAGCGUUCUACAAGCGCUUUGAGCCCAAGAAUAUCCUCCUGAUCCGCUUCAAGGACCUAGCAGAGGAUACCGAAGGCACUGUUCGUCGAGUGUUUGAGUUCCUUGGAUUGGAUCCUAACGUGGAACUGCCGGACUUGAAGACGAUCCACCCACAGGAUGUCAUGGACAUCGAGCUUGAGAAG